CAAUGAUCUGGGGCUAGUAUUGUAGACAUCAUGAAGGUCGUUGUGGUGAAUUUGGUGCUACUGGUCACUGUAUGGGCAUUACCUAGGAUAGAUCCUUUAGUUGAGACUAAACUAGGACUGAUUAGAGGUUUGCAGGCAACUGAUGGUGAUUAUUCCAUGUUUUUAGGCAUACCUUUUGCAAAAGUUAAUGCUAGUAAUCCAUUUGGGCCAUCACUACCAUACCCCGAAUUCGAGGACGUGUUCGAAGCUAACGAUGACACAGCAAUUUGUCCUCAAAGAGAAGAAUUUGACAAUCAAAUAGUUGGUACGCUAGAUUGCUUACAUCUCAACGUUUACGUACCUAACAAAGCUACAUCUAGAAACAAACUACCCGUAUUGGUAUGGAUAUAUGGGGGUGGUUUUUCAAUUGGAUUCGCAGGUCGUUUUGUACAUGGCCCCAAAUAUUUAGUCAAACAAGAUAUAAUACUAGUUACAUUAAACUAUAGAUUGGGUCCAUACGGUUUCAUGUGUUUGGAUACACCUGAAGUACCAGGAAAUCAAGGAUUGAAAGACCAAUUAAGCGCUUUACGCUGGAUAAAAGAACACAUAGAUUCAUUUGGAGGUGAUGCUAAUAAAAUUACAAUAUUCGGUGAAAGCGCUGGAGGAGUAUCAGUUGACUACCAUCUUAUAUCGGAACAGGAGAAACUAUUCAACCAAGUUAUAUUACAAAGUGGGACAGCUCAAUGUCCAUGGGCUGUUAUGGAUUCUGAUAGAAAUACACCUACAGCAUUAGCUAAACGUCUAGGUCUAGACACAGAUGAUGUGAACGAUGCUUUGAAAUUCUUAUCAACUGUUGAACCUGAUCUAGUAAUUGCAGCAUCAUUGGAGAUACCAAAUAGAUUUAUGCCUUGCAUUGAAAAAGACUUUGAUGGUGUUGAGAAGUUUAUUGCUAAUCAUCCUGUAAAUAGCGCGAUACCAAAAGCUAAAGAUAUUUUAAUCCUAUCUGGCUAUAAUAACCAAGAAAUGCUUGUACCUUAUGUUAAUAGACCUAUCUCUACUUUAAGUUUGAACAUGUUCAAAAACAAUUUAGCGAUUAUGUUCGAUUUAAGUAAUGAUGAAGAUUUGGAGACAAUAAUGCGACAAUUCUAUGUUGGUGAUGAAGAAGUUAGUGAUAAAAUAAGAUGGGAUCUUAUGAAUUUCGAAGCUGAUUACACCUUUGGUCAUCCAGUGCAUAGAAGUUUGUCUAAAUAUUUAGACAACGGUGGCAAAGUCUACCAUUAUAUCUUCUCAUAUUCCGGUGACAGGAACUUUGUCAAGUACAGAAAUAACAUAACUAUAGGUGGGGCAUCUCAUGCUGAUGAAAUAAGCUAUUUAUUCGAUGUAUCAAUUUUCAAAGAAUCCCCAACAAAAGAAGAUCAACUUGUUAUCGACAGGAUGACAACUUUGUGGGCUAAUUUCGCUAAAUAUGGUGACCCAACACCGGAGACAACAGACCUUUUACCAAUUAAAUGGGACCCAAUCACUAAAGAUAGUCUUCCUUAUUUGAAUAUAGACAAUGAGCUAACGCUCGGCAGUCGACCAUUCCAUAAACGGACGACUUUCUUGGACUUAUUUUAUAAAACUAAUGAACAUUUAUUGAAAGCUAAUCAAAGGCAAAACAAAUAAAGAUAAAAUAUUUGAUUUAUAACUGCAUGAUAAUAAUGACCAAUCGUUGGUUUCUGGGACCAAAUUCUUUGUAUUGUUAGGAUCACUAGCCUGAUAAUAAUGUCAACGUUUGUGUCCCCACAUUAAUCUGACACUUGACUUUAUAACGAAUGAGCGCCAUUCACCAAAGGAUUCUAAAUAAUAUUGUUAUGUCUGUUUUAUCAAAGAUAAUGAGAGGGAUGAAGAUAUGAUACACAUUGG